AUGUCGUCUAGUUUUCAGGACGGCUACGGCAGCCCCAUGGGCCGCGAAAUGGAGGAAACUUCUGUGGGCCUACCUGGCCACGAAGUGGCCACAAUGAAGGAUGUUGAAACCAAUCUGAACCAACUUGCAAGGCUUACAGCUGCAAUACGAAAAGCUGGGAACCGGUCGCGACUUCAAAAAGCAGAUAGCACAUUUGAUCCAAACAGUGCCAAUAUUCGUUCCCUGCGUCAACACCUUGAACUGCUUCUUCUGGCACAUCCUGACGAGUUUGGAAGCUCAAAUUCAAGCGCACAAGAACUUGACCCAGCACUGCUAACCACAAUUCAACUACGCCUGAUUGAUGCUAAUCUCAGACGACGAAAUCGGUUCCUUUACGCCCAGAAGCAUGCUCAGAAGCUAGGAAGCAAUUAUGGAGACCCCGAAAAAACACCGAGUGAAAUACCAGUAUUGGACAAGCAAAUAAAUUUGGAUGCUGUAAUGACAUCGUCUCCUUCACAAAAUAAGAGAUUUGGAAAAAAUGAAAGACAAACCCCAAGCAAGACAACUGCGACGGCUGUGGACGAGCAGAUUGAGAUGCUCCCCCAGCGGAAAACCAGGCCAGCAACAACAGUCGUGAAACACUUGAUGGGAGACAUUUUACCGUACACGUGCAUUUUAGAGGACUGUCCUAAGCCUGAGAUCUUUCAUAUGACUAGAGAAGCCUGGUUAAGCCAUAUGAAGCAGGAACAUGGGGCCACAGAGCAAUGGGUAUGCCUUGCAUGCUCACAGAAAGGCACAUAUGUCUCCUUUACAGAAUCGGCUGAGUUCACAGCACAUAUUGAACAACAACAUGGCAAAGGAAUUAGACCACAACAAAUACCUAUGCUACUCUCAGCAUGGAAGCGCAACGUCCCUCUCAAAAUUCCCACCUGUCCACUCUGCUGUUUUGAGAGUGAAGAUCAAAGCGCUCUUCUCGAUCACACUGCUGAGCAUAUUCACUCAUUUUCACUCAAAUCACUGCCAUGGGCUCCGAUAGAAUCUCCGGAGGGGGAGGAGGAAGAAGAUGAAGAAGAAUACGGGGUCUAUUUCAAGCAACAUCCAUAUUUUGAGGUUGACAGCUGCCAGUCAGAACACUCAACAAGUUUGGCUGGAGCUUUAGCCCUGGUUACAGACUUGGGAAGUAUUGCGGGUUCAGACUCUAGAGAAUCCUUCGAUUCUAUUCACAAGCAGCAACAACUAACGGAAGAUAUUCUCGAUCAAGUGCCGGAUGAAUUACCAGGCCCGAUAGGUACGAAGGAUUGGUUGAGAAUGGUGGAUAGUGAGGCAGAGAUCAACAUGGGCAACCCACCCAGCGACGAGGGUGUAGACAAUUAUGUAGAGCUUGUCAGGCCUAAUGGCGCGCCAAGUAAUAAUUGGCAGCUUAAGGCUGCACAGAUGAACGGCCUCCCUCCCUUCCUGUGCAAAUCGGUUUCAGAUAUAAAGGAAGAUUUUGACAAUCUGGAAUGGAUGCAGCGGGUGCGCUUAUCCGAGGCUUUGAAUUCCAAAGCCCCCACUCAUCCAUACGCCGUUGAGAGCGACUCGAAAGCUAAUUUCAGGGACCGGUACUUCAAUGUGAAACCAUAUGCCAACAAUCGUAUCCAUCUGCCGGUUCCUGAAGGAAAGUGCGAUUAUAUCAACGCCUCUUUGAUCACCCUAAAGAACUCCGUCACUAAGGGUGAGCGGAAGUAUAUCGCGACUCAGGCGAGUGCAACCCUGUUCGGUUAUUUCAUACUAGGGCGUCACUAA